AUCAGAACCUCAUAUCUUUAUAAAUAUCGGAACCUCGUAUCUUUUUUGGGUGAACAGAACCUCAUAUCUUUAGAAAUGGAGGAUUUGACGAACGAAGCUCUUGAAGCUCCUAGAGAUUUUAAAAACUUCUCUGCACUCAGUUGUAUCGAUCUUUCAAGCCCAGACAUUCUUAACUCUGUUUCUUUACUCAAACAGGCAUGUUUGGAUUCUGGGUUUUUCUAUGUGAUCAAUCAUGGAAUCAGCCAGGAAUUUAUGGAUGAGGUUUUUUACCAAAGCAAAAGUUUUUUUGAUCUACCAGUAAGUGAGAAAAUGAAGGUUCUUAGAAACAAGACACAUCGAGGUUACACUUACCCUUUCAGUCAACGUUUGGAUCCUGUCAAUCAAAUACAAGGAGAUUAUAACGAGGGAUAUAACAUUGGAAUAGAAGUACCUGAAAACGAUCCUGACAUAGAAAAGCUAUUAUACGAACCAAAUGUUUGGCCCCCUUCUGAUAUCUUGCCUGGAUGGAGGGAAACUAUGGAGAAAUAUCAUAGAGAGGCACUUGAGGUGGCAAAAGCAAUUUCAAGGAUCAUAGCUCUUGCACUUAACCUCAAGGUUGACUUUUUUGAUAGACAAGAAAUGCUUGGGAAGCCUAUUGCAAUCUUGCGUUUGCUACACUAUGAAGGUAGUGUUUUUGAUCCGAUGAAGGGAAUAUAUGGAGCAGGUGCACAUUCUGAUUUUGGUUUGAUAACGCUCUUGGCAACAGAUGACAUCUAUGGUCUCCAAAUAUGCAAGGAUAAGGAUGCUAAACCUCAGAAGUGGGAAUUUGUAGCACCAUUAAAAGGAGCAUUUAUAGUGAAUAUUGGUGACAUGCUAGAGCGCUGGAGCAACUGUAUUUUCAGGUCCACAUUGCAUCGAGUGCUGGGUAAUGGUCAGGAGAGAUAUUCUAUUGCAUACUUUGUGCAACCUAGUCACGAUUGUCUUGUUGAAUGCUUGCCCACCUGCCAGUCGCAAGAGAACCCUCCCAAGUUUCCUCCUAUCAAAUGUGAAACUUACAUGCUCCAGCGGUACAAGGAUACUCAUGUUGUUCUCGAGUCAUACGAAAAAUGAUUCACCAAACUCUGUUGUCAAUAUUACUGGGAUUUUCGCUUCAAGUGUAGAACACAAAGGUUAGCUCCUUCCUGCCACAGUUUGUAUGGAAACAGGUUCUCUUAGUUGAAUAUUGGAGAAAUAUAAUGUAAUCUUUUUUUGGUUGCAAAUGUAAUGUUGAUAUAUAUGUAAAACAUGUAUGAGAAUAUGUGAAAUAUUUAUUAAAAUUUUAACUUUUUUUUAUAUAUUUUAUUUUUACAUUAUUUGAUCAAUUGCAGGAUUUUUAUUUUGUAUGCUACAUUUA